AUGUCUUCCGAUGGAACCAAAGGCCCUAUUCUCGUCCACGGUAUCCCAGUGGACGACCCCCAGAACCCUCCUGUCCGAAUGGAGGUCCGCGAUAUGAUCAAGGACCAUCCCGACCAAUGGAAUCUCUUCCUGCUGGGGUUGGAGAGGUUCAAGAGCAACGCCGUUCCCGAGAACAUGCCCCUCUCAUAUUUCGAGCUGGCAGCCAUCCACGGAUUGCCCUACAAGAAGUGGCCCGACGAGGACUGGAACAAGAUGGUCCCCGUAGACAACCCCUUCCAGGGCUUCUGCACCCACAGCUCCAUCCUCUUCCUCACCUGGCACCGUCCCUACCUCGCCAUCUUCGAGACCGAGCUCUACAAGCACGUCAACUUCAUCGCAAACGCCUACGCCGAGGACGAGCGCAGAGAAGACUACCUCAGAGCGGCAAAGUCCUUCCGCCUCCCCUACUGGGACUGGGCCCGUCCCGACCUCGGCGUCUUCCCGCCCCAAGCCGCCACGGAAGCCCUGAACGAGGUCGUCAGACCCAGGAGCCUGCCGGGCGACUCCGAGAUCAACCCCCUGGCCAACUACGCCUUCCGAGAAUCCAAGUCGAUGGAGGACAUCAACACGUUCCCCGAACAAGGCACCACAGUCCGCUACCCAAACACCCCCAACGCCGACGCCGAACAGACCCGCCAGCUCCUCCGCUUCUUCACCGGCGCCCAGUCCUCCCCCAAGGGCAAGAACCUCACCGAGCGCGUCAACUUCGUCCUGCAGUCCUACACCGAGUACGCCACCGCCUCGUCCAACCGCUUCGAGGCCCAGAAGCCCGAGCAGGCCGGCAUCGACUUCCGCGCCUGGGGCUCCAUCGAGGACGUCCACAACGCCGUCCACAACUACACCGGCGGCGGCCGCGGCCACAUGUCCAACCCGGAGAUCUCCUCCUUCGACCCCAUCUUCUGGCUCCACCACGCCAACAUCGACCGCCUCUUCGCCAUCUGGCAGGCCGUCCACGACGACCCCGCCGACCCCCUCACCUACGUCACCACCAAGAACGCCAGCGAGGACUGGGGCAACUUCGUGGUGAAGGCCGGCGAGCCCGAGACCAUCCGCACCCCGCUCGCCCCCUUCGCCCGCGCCGCCGGCGGGGAGCAGCAGCAGCAGGAGUUCUGGACCUCCGUCGGCGUCCGCUACACCGACGCCUUCGGCUACGCGUACCCGGAGACCCAGAGGUCCAAGUUCCCGACCCCCAAGGACGUCGUCAACGAGCUGGACCGCCUGUACGGCAAGAGGUCGACCUUCGCCAACAUCAUGCGCAGCACCGGCGACGACCUGGAGAGCUCCACGCGGGAGCUCCAGCAGCGGGCGAAGGGCCACGUCCAAGCCGAGCGCGGACAGCUCACCAGGUCCACGGGGGAUGAACAAGCUCCCCUGGCCCAGACCAACGGCGUCCAGCUCCCCUCCGAACGCGAGCUGAAGAAGCUCGUGGGCGCGGAGAACACGUACCUCGAGUGGCUCGUCAACAUCCGUGCCGUCAAGGCGGACCUGGGCGGCAACUACGUGGUCCACGUCUUCCUGGGCUCCCCGGACGACGCCGACCCGGUGCUGUACCCGACGAACCACUCGCACGUGGGCGCCUUCGCGACCUUCGGGCAGGGCGAGAAGACGGCCUGCGGGAAUUGUCAGCAGGGCCGGGCCCGGGGCCAGCAGAUCACGGGACAGGUGCCCCUGACGCUGGCCCUCGUGGAGCGGUACCUCGCCGGCAUGGUCGACAGCCUGGAGCCCGAGGACGUGGUUCCGUACCUGCAGAAGAACUUGCACUGGCGGGUGGCUUUGGCCAACGGUGAGGUUCAGGACCGGUCUGCCGUGAAUGGCCUUCUCGUGAGCGUCGUGACUGACGAGGUGACGAUUCCGGGCAAUCCGACGGAUCUUCCGCGCUAUGCAGCUGACGUCGUCGUUCGUCCUGAGUGUACCACCAACCGUGCCGGCAGUGGUCGCGGCAGUGGCACUGGAUAUUCUGGAUAA